AUGAUUGGAUUAGGCAAGUGGAACGCGACCCUGUUGGGUGGCACCCUCUUUGGCGCCCUGAUGCUGAACUCACUGUCUUAUCCCCAAUCGGCGCAUCGUGGAAGGAGCCUCUCCGAGUUGUCGCUUUAUCUGGCCGGUAUCACAGACCCAGAGAACUACCACUUGGGUGGACAUCAACCCCGCGCCCAUGACGUGGACAACGAUUCUAAAAGUGAAAAUGAUGAUGAGAACGAUUCUAAAAGUGAAAAUGACCUUGAGAACGACUCUAACAGUGAAAGUGACCUUGAGAGCGAGUAUGAAAGUGAAAGUGACUAUGAGGACGACUCUAACAGUGAACACGAUUAUGAGUCCACAGAUACAUCCGACCACUAUGCGCAUAGAAGACCAGGACAUGAUCAGAUCUCCCCCGUGCAAAACAACCGCCCUGGCAACACAUCUAACACACAGCAAACGCAACAAAUAAAUGUUUAUCAAAAUGAAAACCAUAUGAUUGUUAGAAACGAAAAAAAUGUUCCAUUACAUCCUGAAAAUGCAUACCUUGUACAAAAAUACAGCAAAGAUGGUAACCUCCCCUUUGAGUGCACUAAAGAUGAUUUUGUACAAAUUUUGACUAACAGGCAAAUUUUAAGAAAAGUAACUUAUAUAGCAUUAGAUAUAAGUAUACGUAAAGCGUUCAUUGGUUAUUACUACUUUAUUGUUUACCUGAACAGAUGCUAUUACAAGAUGAUGAACAAAUUGAACAAUUGGUUUAUGAAUAUAGCAAGUGCACGUAACGUACCGCACCCUGUGCAAGUGGUGUACUGGCAAAAGUGUAGAACAUAUCUCUUGUGGGACUUAAGAAAAAUAGAAGAAAUGUCCACAAAAUAUUUUGAUGCACUUAUAUCACAAUCCCCCAGAGUGUGGACUAUAAAUUAUGAAGUAUUUUUGAGGCGCUGUAAAACAUUAUGGAGGAAGACUAUAAUGAAUACCAGGGAAAGAUGGAGCCGCGUACUGUCCUGGUGGAUCGUGAAAUAUAAUCAGGACAUGCAGUAUUGGCAACAGCAACACCAGGGACAGCCAUGGGAGCAGCGGGCCCCUUUCCUUGGAGACCAGGGACAGCCAUGGGAGCAGCGGGCCCCUUUCCUCGGAGACCAGGGACAGGCAACCAUGGACAGCACGGACACGUUGUCAUGCACAACACUGGGAGACGACAACAACAGUGAUGAUCACAUUUCUUUGUAA